CGGCUUCUACAGCUGUAUGGCUUUCAACCAGUCGGUCGGGCCGCUGGUCUGCUGUGCGGUGAGCGCGGAGGUUGACCGUAUCUGCCGGAAAAACGGAGGCCUGGGCUUUUGCGAGCUGCUGUCCGAGUUCGCAUCCCUCUCGUCAGGAGGAGAGCCGUCAGCGCAGAGUCAACUGACGUUCCGAAGUGCGACCAAGCAUUUUACGCUCUCUGGAGGGUUGCGUGUGCGAUUCGUGGGUGCACGGUCGGCAAGGCUCAUGCCUCUCGAUCGUGCAGAUGCAUCGCUGAGAUCUGCGGUUGCGCACCAACAAGGAGAGGCAGUAGACUUGAGCGCCUCAUUUAGUGGUAAGUCCCAGACCGUCAGAGGGGAUGUGGGUGGAAAUCGUCCGCGCGGUGCCUGGUUUGCGCGUUGGCGUAUGGCGCUGGAAGCAUCGCUCCGCCACGGUGAGUACGACGGGUUCGAUUGCCCUGCGGUGCUGGUGCUCGUGGCAUCGUCAUCUGAACCUGCUGGUGUCGCAGCAGCACUUGAGGAGCUUGGCUCCCCGCAUCAUCUCGCUUCAGGCCUGACCGAUGGACACUUCGACGAGAGGGCAACACCGCGCCAUGUCCUGGUUCUCCAUGACGUGAUCGAAGGAUUGGGUGAUGCGCGAGCCGCGCUGAGUGCAGCUCGCGCAUCGCUCCCAUCCAUCGUCGGAGGCGCUCCGACCAUCGCCCGACUUCUAAAUAUUAAUUCCCUUGCACCGGGUGCGACACCGAUUGACGUGCGCUACCCGCGCCGAUCCGCGCGGGACCCUUCCCAUUCGGUGCGAUUUCCGUGUCUUGACGCAGCGGAUAUGGCAGAGCUGCGUCGCUUUACCUCUGAACUUGUGCAUGGGGGCGUCGUACCUGCCAUCGAGCGGCGUGUCGCCAGCCUGUUCGCCAACGUAAACUCUUCGCGAAAGGGUGUGCGCAACGUUUUAAAAUCCUGGCUGCGGCGCCCUCGCGAAGCUGCGUCCGCUCUUUCUGGUUCUGGCACUACUGGCGCAGUUGAGACUGGCGACGGCAUCGUCACCGGAGUCAGGUACCGCUUUGACACAGUUGAAGCCCAGAUACGACUUCUCGCUGACACUACUUUCUCUAUGCGCGACUAUGAGACUGCUCUCUCCAUGUACCGCCUGGCGCGUGACGAUUUCAAGAGCGCGGUCACUGUGUCAGGCAGGCCUUUGACCGCAGUCGUAUCCAUGUUCAAAUGCGCGUCUGGUGAUGCGAAGGUGCUUUGGCGGGAUGCAAUCAGCGCGAUCGAUGCAGCGACUGCAGCACUGGUAGCAGCUGCCGAUGAGGCGCGCACUGCCGAGGCGCGGAGUGAAAGUGGGGAUUAUCGGGCUGCAGGACGGAGGGCAACAGUGGCUGCGCGUAUGCUUACGCGUGCUGCACUUGUGGCUGCCGACUGUCGCAACGAUGAGGGCGAUGGUCUCGCACCACGUGCCAAGCGUCGUUCCAAGGGCGGUCGGUCAUGCGCUGAAGCUGCAGCUGAUGCGCUCGUUCACGCUGUUGAGUGCUAUGUCGCAAGCAAAGAGGCAUACGCGGCCAGCUAUGAUGCUUCAACCAGGCGUGAUCAGUCCGAGAGUGUGACUACGACCGCGCGUGUUAGAGGCUGGGCACGCAUCGAUGAGCACGUGGAGCAUGCGUUGGGCCGUCAGCUCGAGACCCUGGGCCACCACGCGCUUGCACUUCGGUGUACGUUGACACUGCUAGGUAGUGCGCGAGCCCCUGCAGAGCGCCAUGCACAGCUCCUUUCAGGAUUUAUCGCGGCCUGCGUAGCACGCCCUGACGCCCUUAAGCACGCCGCUGCAGCGCUCCGACGCGACCUGCCAAAGAUGGUCUUCUGUGGUGGUGGUGAGUCAUCAGAUCGGGUCAAUGCAGCGAUCGAAAGCUGGGACUGCGACCACGCUCGUAGUCCGGGAACACUCGAGAGCCUGAUAGUUGUCGGACUUCCGCUUCCUGUCAUUGUUCACGAUGCAGUCAUAGUCCGGACGACGGAUGAGAUUAUUGAGGGCGUUGGUGAGGGCGGACGCGGGCUAGGAGUUGCAUGGGCCCGGGACCUCCGAACUCGGUUGAAUAUUGAAAAACGCGCAGUGGAUAUGUUCGAGGCUCAAAGCCGCCAAAGUAUGCAACCUGGAGCCCAGCUCCGGGCUAGAUGCGUCGAUGCUCAGCUCGCCGCUGAGGCAGCUGCAGAGCGACGGGGGAUUUCCAUCUUCGAACUGGCAGAGUCUGGCUCUAGUGACGCUGGCUUGAAGACCCGCCUUUGGGCUGAACACAGCCUAGAUUCGCCUCACGAUCCAGGUCACUUCGAAGCUCGACGCACGACUUGGCCUCGUUGGGUUGCACGUGGAGAGGUUAUCGAUGUAAACGUCCUUGUGGUUUUUCGCAAUGCGUUUGCAGUUCCUGUGGAGCUCUCUGAUGUUCACCUUGUCUGCACACUGGAGCAAGGCAUUGACUUUGCACGUAGAUCUUCCUCGCUCACUCAUAAUUCAGACGCCGCGCAACGUUCAUGGAGUUCAUCACAGAGUCGAACUACUCAAACGCAACCACAACAAGACUGUGACCCAUUCCUCGCCCAGCUCACAGCAGCUACGGACUCAUACGAUGCGGACCCAUUUUCUAGCUCGCCUUACAUCGUGGAACAUGUCCAUGUGACCUUACCGCCCGGGGGGGGGGGACUUGGAGGUGCACUCGUCCGCCUCCGGUGUGGUGUUUCGGCUCUUAAUGGCACACUUCGCGUCGUGGGCGUCCGAUGGAAGCUAGGUGGUAAGAUUUGGGGUGCUGCGGCGUUCGUACGCCGGGGUCCACGCCUUCGGCGGACGCGCGAGGAACGUGCCUCCCGCAUACGCGCCCCUGACGCAUCGCUUGCAGUCCACGUCGUUGGUGAUCUACCGCGCGUAGUUGCACGCAUCCGUGGCCUCGGAGACAACAGUAUUCCCCCCGCCUGGGAUAAUUCUAGUGCCCCUCCGAGGCCCUCAAGCUUCGCUGCACUUCAUGGAGAGGUCAGACGAGGAAUCCUGGAACUUGCUAACAUCGGGCGCGCGCCUGCAUCAGACAUGCUUGUCCGUUGCAAUCUCCCGUGGAUAGCAGUCGGUGGAGAAAUAGGCAUCAAUUCGCCCAAGGGCAAUGUCUCUGUGACACACAGCGCCCUCGGCGCAUCAGGUCUUUCCUGGCGUGCCAUUGAUGUGCGCGGUAAUCCAAUGGUCCUCGGGCGAGGCGAGUCUGCGUCACUCCCAGUUUUGUUUCGUGCACAGGGCGCUGGAGGCAAACACCAAUUGCAAUUUCUUGUGCAGUACGCUCCGUUGGGGCCGAAAUUCGAGCCAGAGGUACCUCGUGGUUGGCCGCCCUUUCAAGAUGGUGACUUAGAGGCUGGGGAUGCUGCGAAUAGGUCAUCCAUGUCACGUGACCCACACGCAAUUGACCUGCCACCCUUGAGCCGACGCGUGACGCUCUGCAUUGACAUCACCGUUCUCCCAUCUCUCACGUUAGAGACUCUCAAGGUCAUCCCCAAGUUUAAUCGCCCCAACGCACAUCAUUUAUCGAUGACGCUCGCCAACUACUACUGCGCAGAUGGAGGCGUCUCCAGUGCUCUAGGACGGGCCCUUAAGGUGACCCACGUUCAUGCCCUCGGUGAUGGGACGUGGCAGCUCCACGAUGCUCUCAGUCCCCAUGGUCUGCUCGAGCCAGCUCACGACACUUCGCCGGAGAGAUGCCCUUCCAUGGACGGGCAGCCUACUCAUACCCAGGUACCCGUCUCUUCGGCACCUCUCGAUAUUCGAGUGGACUGGCAGGAACAGCUUGCGCUCCAUUACACUCUGCUAGCUCGUCGCACGACGUGCACGGCCUGGUCUGCUGGCUCUGAUAUCAACGUAGACCUCUUCAAGGUCGAACAUGCUGCAUCGCGAUUCGAGGAUGACCUUUUGCGCGCUCGUGAUGCACAGCUGAUUGAUAAUGCACGCGCGACUCCGAGAACAAUUCAAGCAAUCAGGAGGGAGGCGCGCUCAAAGGACAUCGAUACGGGGCCAACGAGGACCCGAGAGGGCGAUGCUGCCGCGAAAGCAAAGGGAGGUGCUUCACGUUUGGCAUGCGCCGCUCUAGAGGCUGCAUUACCUCGGAGUGCCAUAGCGCUUGUUGUUGCGUGGGCUUCAAGUGAUGAAAAUAGCAGCGAGUGCCACGCACCCCCCCAGGUCUGCGGCCAGCACCAUGUCCUCAGUGUUCCGAUUGGUGAAACGUUGGCGUCGCGAGUCAAGGAGGUACCUGGGUGCACCUGGCCCUGCUGUCCCAUAUCCCUCGCGCUCGAUUUCACCGUCGUCCAUAUUGAGGACAUUGGCAAUGGCCGUGCAACUGUGUCCGUCACUGCCAUUGUCGCUAAUACACUCAUGCUUGACGGAACUGGCACAGACCUAGCUGUCGAGGUCUCCUGCAUAGACGACGUAAUGGGCGACGUCUACUGGUGCGGUCAGACGAAGAGUCGCUUUCCAAAGCUUACGGUUGGUGCAAGUCCUCGUGUCAUUCUACUUGAGGCAUCUAUUGCCCGCGCCGGUGUCUUCGACCUAGGUGCACUCCUUGCUAUCAAGGCUGUAAUGUUGCCGGUUGAUCCCAGCUCGACAUCGGAUGGCACACGAAUCCCGCCGAAGAUCUGCGAUGCCCUGUCUGGAGGACUUACUUUCAUCUUCAAGAAUCAGUUCCUCCUGACUGUCGAAGACUCUUCUUCGCGAUACUUCCCCGUUGGAUUAUUGGCCUCGCCGCACCCCCUGGGCUCCCCCAAGAGCGCCCCGUGCGCGCUCCCCGUGCGGGGCACGUGCGGGGAGCCUGCCACUAUCCUAGCGCGCCGGCGUGUGCCAGAAAUAGCAGCUCUCGGUUGUUGUCAGGGUGGAAAUCGAGCGAGAAGUAGCCGGGUAGUGGCCGGUAACUCCCCUUGGUUGUUCUGGGUUUGA